GGGCGUACCACAAGAGGGAGUUUUGGAGUUGGGCGUCAAUAAAGUUUAUGGCUUUUUACAAGAGAUCUCAUGCUGGAUAUCGGAGGUUGCUUCCGCUAUUUCUGGUAAUAUUCUCGGUGGCUCUGGUUUUAAUGUUGCUGAUUCGAAAAUGGUCAAUUUCUGAUUUUUCCUACAUAGCUGUAGAAGAAGAAAGUUAUUCUUUUGUUUCGUCUUCUAUGGAGACUGAUAAUCGUAUACUCUUGAACUUUGGAGACUUUAAACCAAAACUUCCUCAAAUGAACGACUUUGCCAUCUCUCUGGAUCGGAGAAACUUUUUACCACCGAGGAAUAUUGAUCUAUUUCCAAAUUUAGCGGAGAACCAUAUAAAGAUUGUUCUGUAUGUUCACAACCGGCCGCAGUAUCUUCAGGUUGUGCUUAAGAGUUUGGCUAAUGUGAAGGGGAUAGGAGAAACCAUGCUGAUAGUUAGCCAUGAUGGAUACUUCAAUGAGAUGGAUAGUAUUGUUCAGGCAGUCCGGUUCUGCCAGGUGAAACAGAUCUUUUCUCCAUAUUCACCGCACCUCUAUUCUGAUAGCUUCCCAGGUGUUUCGAAGGGAGAUUGCCAACACAAGGAUGAUCCUUCUAAGAAGAAUUGCAGUGGAGAUGCAGAUCAAUAUGGCAACCAUCGAUCUCCGAGAAUCGUUUCUUUGAAGCAUCACUGGUGGUGGAUGAUGAAUACUGUGUGGGAUGGCUUGCCAGAGACAAGGUUGCACUCGGGACAUAUACUCUUCAUUGAAGAAGAUCAUUUCAUUUAUCCAAAUGCUUAUCGAAAUAUCCAGCUUCUGGUGAAGCUGAAGCCGGAGAAAUGUCCUGAUUGCUUUGCUGUGAACUUGGCUCCAUCUGACGUGAAGUCAAAGGGAGAAGGGUGGGAGAGCUUGAUAGCAGAGAAAAUGGGAAAUAUUGGCUAUACAUUUAAUAGGACUGUUUGGAGGAAGAUCCAUGCAAAGGCGAGGGAGUUCUGCUGGUUUGAUGAUUAUAAUUGGGAUAUCACUAUGUGGUCAACAGUUUACCCCUCGUUUGGGACUCCUGUGUACACUUUGAGAGGACCUCGGGCAAGUGCUGUUCAUUUUGGGAAAUGUGGGUUGCAUCAGGGGCAGGAUAAGAUUAGUGCAUGUAUUGAUAAUGGAGAGGCAAAGUUUGAAUUGGAGAACGUUGAUAAGGUUCCUAAUAUCAACAUUGACUGGCCAGUCUAUGUAUUCAAGAAUCAAGAGGGAUACCGUGCAGGUUUCAAAGGAUGGGGAGGAUGGGGUGAUCAUAGAGAUCAGGAGCUUUGCUUGAGUUUUGCUUACAUGUAUCACUCUUCUGAUGCUUUACCCAACGGAAGAGAUGCUUCCAAACAUUCAUAAGAUUUUUUGUCUCUGCAGGAUUAUAUGAAUCUGGUCCAAAGCUUGAAAGGUUCUGUUUGCUUUUGCCUGAAUAAUUCUUCAUAACCAUUGUAAGAUUCUCUUGAGAUUAAUCCCUAAGCCUAUGUUUAGUUGAUGAGCAUCUUUCAGCGACUGGAAAUAGAAAAAGGUGGUUGGAAUGCUUAAGUUAAUGGCUAUGAAAUUUUAUUUCAUUUC